CCACGUGUUCAGUUCGACAUCAUCUUCACCAUUGUGCCCAAGAAGAAGUGUCAAAAGUGCAAUUUUUAAUAUUUUGAAGGUUCAAAAGUUCAAAGAUUCAUAAUUAGGAAUUUAUUUUCAAUUUUAGACUAUUUUCGAUUUGUUAAAACCUGAGAAAGCAAAUCAAGAAUGGGCUACUUAGGAUUCUCUAUUCUGCUUCUUGGCCUGGUGCAUCUUUCUCAUCAGAUCAAUUAUCGUUUACCUAAUGGCUCGAUACCGCAUCAUUACAAAUUGUCAUUUAUUCCCCACCUGAUCCCUGAUAAUUUUACGUUCGAUGGAGAAUCAGAAAUUUUUCUGAGGGUUCAUAAAACAACCAGAAAUUUGACAUUACAUUCUUUGAAUUUGGAAAUACACGAAGAGAGUACUAUGAUCGUUGGAGAUGAGGAAAUUAUUAUACCACAUCGACAUAUUUUUGAGAAGGAAAGAGAAUUUUUUAUUCUCAACUUACGCAAUGAUUUGCUACCAGGAGAUUAUAAACUUUUAUUAAAAUUCAGUGGGAUAUUGAACAAUGCAUCCAGAGGAUUCUUUUGGGAUUCUUAUCUUAAUGAUGAUAAUGAAACAACAUAUUUGGUAGCGACCCAAUUCGAAACAACACAUGCUCGUCAAGCUUUCCCUUGUUGGGACGAACCAGCAUUGAAAGCCACUUUCGAAAUCUCCAUUAAACAUUUUCCAAAUUAUACAGCUCUCUCCAAUAUGCCAGUCGAUAAAAAAUUAAUUGGAACAGAAUCUGACGGAAAAUUGUGGACAAAAUUUAAAACAACACCUCUUAUGUCCACCUACCUAGUUUGCUUCACAGUUUCUGAUUUUCAAAAUAUUACCAAUCUUGAAGGAAAUUUUUCUCUCUGGGCGAGGAAAAAUGUUUUAAAUUCUAUGAAAUUUGCUUACGAUGUUGCUUUGAAAGCAUUUCCAGUUUUAGAAGAUUACACUAACAUUCCCUACAUUCUGCCGAAAAUGGAUAUUAUCGCAAUUCCUGGACAUGACAAUGGUGCUAUGGAAAAUUGGGGAUUAAUUGUUGCUAAAGAAUCAGACAUUUCUCGGCAAGCUAUGUUCGACGAAAGUUUUUUGAGAAUUCAGAAGUAUAUGGUUCACGAGGUUUCUCACCAAUGGUUCGGAAAUUUAAUUAGUGUGGCUUGGUGGAAUGAUAUUUGGUUGACUGAAGGCCUUGCUUCAUAUUUUCAUUUUUAUCUCGGUGCCAAGGUAAACAAUUUUCCAAGAAUGACUGAUCUAUUCAUCAUCAAUAAAAAUAAAGUAUUUGAGAAAGAUGAUGAUCCACUUUCUCUGCCUCCUUUUCGAGAAGUUAAUUCGGCAAUAGAAACGCGUCAACUUUUGAAUACUGUUCACGAUAAAGCAUCAACAAUAAUGAAGAUGUUGAGCGGUUUACUUUCUGAAGAAGUUUUUCAAUCCGGUAUUAAGAAACUCUUAAAAAAAUAUAAGUUUAGGUCAAUAACAACUGAUAAUUUUUGGGAAACAAUGCAAGAAACUCUGAACGAAUCUUCUGAAAAUAAUUUUAAAAUAAAAAAGAUGCUGGAGCCUUACAUAUCCCAACAAGGAUUUCCUCUAAUAAAUGUAAUCAGAAAUUACACAUCUGGGGUAAUAAAAUUAACUCAAGAAUGCUUGAUGUGCAAAAAAAAUAAUCUACCAGAAUCAAAAUGGUGGAUUCCAAUAAAUUUUGCAACAACUUCUUCCCCUGAUUUUUCCUCGACUCUUGCCACUCACUGGAUGAACCCUGAAGACGAAUUCGUUAUUGAAGGAGUAGAUCCUAACGAUUGGAUUAUUAUCAACAUAAAAAGCAGUGCUUAUUAUCGAGUAAACUACGACGAAGAAAAUUGGAAGAAAAUAGGACAUUAUUUGAAUUCGGAAAAUUUCUCGAAUAUUGAUAUUUUAAAUCGUGCCCAAAUUCUCCAAGAUGGAUUUUGGUUAUUUAAGCAAGAAAAACUUGAUAAAGAAUUAUUGAUUUAUUUAACUUCAUAUUUGACUCGUGAAGUUGACUACAUACCCUGGAGUACUGGUGAUGAUAUAAUACAGCAUUUAGUUGAAAAUACUGAUAUAACAGAAGAUUCGAAGAUUUUUAUUUUGGCGAUUGUCGGUAAUCUUGUUGAUGACGCAGGCUUGGAAGAGAGCCCAAAUGAUGAUUUGUUCACAGUUUGGAAGCGAUUUAUAGGAAUUUAUUGGAGUUGUUAUGUUUCUAAACGAUUCUGCAGUCACCUUAGGUGGUAACGAAUUUAACACUAUUAGAAAUUUGUAUAUAUGUAUAUAUUUUUCAUUUCUACAAAUCAAAUGUAUUGAUAAUAAAAC